AUGGCGGCGGACACGGACACCCAACAAGGAGAGAGCUAGUGACAGCGAUCUUUAAACCACACCAGAUAUGUCUGCAGUUUAGGCUUGAGAGAUUCCUCUAGGAUACUUCGUAUGAACCCGUUUCUGUCUUGUUUUAGCCACAGAGACUGCGGGGAUGGAAGACGAGGAGCGGCAGAAGAAGCUCGAGGCCGGCAAAGCAAAGCUAGCUGAAUACCGCCAGAGAAAAGCGCACGCCGACUCACAGAAGAAGCAUAAAAAGAAGAAGAAAAAGAAGGCCGCCGAAGGCUUGGAGGGCGACUCGCAGGGAAGGGUGGAGGACGACCCGGACCGGCUCGCAGGAGGAGAGGACGACUUCGGUGAAGGGAGAGAUGAUCCACAAGGACAUGAAGACCCACCCACAACAGAGUUUACCUUCACUAAGACUCUGAGAAGUGGAGAGACCGUCAAGCAUGACCACACCUAUAAGAUAGAGCCAGAGAGUGAAGUUUCCACCACAGCUGAGGAUUACUCCUCAGAGGUAAACGGAUGCCAUGAUGAGAUGAUGGAGAACCUAAUGAUGUCCUCAGAGGAUUUAAUUUGGGAGGAAGUGGAGCCCCUGCCAAAGGUGGCAAAGGGCCACGCAGACGAGGACAUGGAGGAUGCUCUGGAGGCCAAGACCCAAGCUGUGGAGGAGCUGAGUCAGCAGCUGGAGGAAAUCAAGUCUGCCUUUGGCCCAGAAGGAGUUCAGCAGCUCCAGGACUUUGAAGCAGCUCUGAAGCAGCGGGAUGGCAUCAUCACCCAGCUCACAUCUAACCUUCAGGAGGCCCGUGAGGAGAAAGACGAGAUCAUGAAAGAGUUCUUGGCGCUCACAGAACAAAGCCAAAAGCUGCACAUUCAGUUCCAGCAGCUGCAGGCAGGCGAGUCGUUGCGGAACACCAGCCACAGCAGCACAGCAGCCGAUCUCCUGCAGGCCAGACAGCAGCUCGUUCAGUAUCAGCAGCACCUGGAUCAGAUGGACGCUGAGGUCAAAAAGCACCAGGAGCAAAGCAAGGAACAUCUGGAGCACAUCAGCCGGCUCCAGCAGCAGCUCAGCGGGAUGGAGAUGUCAGGAAGAAGAUCAGAGGAAUCAUUUGCGCAAAGAAUAGAUGAAAAGGACCUGCUGAUUGCUGAAGGAGAAAAGGUCAUUUUGAGUCAGGAGCAGUUGCUGGCAGAGUUGAGAACAGCAAAGGAGUCUUUUGCACAAACACUGAAUGAAAGAAAUCUGCUAAUUUCAGAGCAAACUGAAAUAAUCACAGAACAUGAGCGGUCAUUAGCCCUGCUCAGAGAAGAACUUACUCAUGCAGGGAGGACUGCAGAUGAGAAUAUUCUACACGUGUCAGAUGAUAAAGGAUGCAUAACGGAGCUACAGAGGGUCAUUUCAGAACGUGACUCUUCCCUCACGCAGCUGGAGGAUGAGCUGGAGGCCUCUGAGAAACGCCUGCACGACUUCCAACAGCAAGUGGCCGCCAAGGAAUCUGAGCUCGAAUUGUCCUUGGAUGAGUUGGAAAGCACAAAGUCUGAAUUAGUAAAUUGUAAAAGUGAAAUGGAGAGUUGGAAAUUGCAGUUUGAGACAGAGCAAAAGGAGCUGGGAAGCUGUAGAAGUGAACUUGCAGCUUCCAGGCAGAAAGAGCGGAUGUCAUCUAAUGAAGUCAUGCAACUAAUGGGCACCGUAGAAGAUCUGCAGAAACGUUGUCACCAGGGCAGCCUCUAUGAAAGUGACACCAUUCAAAAAAUGCAGGAGGAGACUGUGAGGAAUCUUGAACAUCUCAGGGCUGAGCUGGAUGAGAUGUAUGGCCAGCAGAUAGUACAAAUGAAGCAAGAGCUAAUUCUGCAGCAUGCAACUAGACUGGAGCAAGUGACUGAACAUCAUCGUACUGAGAUUGAGCUCCUAAAGGCGCAGCAAAUAUUCCAAAGAUCCACUGGCAGCACAGAGGUGGAAACUCUUAAUGCUAAGAUUGGGGAGCUUGAGGAGACGUUGGAGCUGUCUCAAGCAAUGAACAAUAAAUCUAAACACGAGUUAACUCGAAUCAUCCAAGAGAAGCGCAACCUGCAGGGCAAGGUCGACGCUCUUUUUCAGGACCUCCAUUCAGCUAAGGAAAAAUUGGAGCUGGUCUCCCAAAAUGUAAUCUCUCAGGAAAGUAACCGGAGUGAACUGCAGCAGCUCCAGGAGACCAUUGUCAAUCUAAAAAGUGAGCUGUCUGCUCUUAAAGAAGCUGCAAAAGAAGCAGAAACGAAACACGAAUCUGAAACAACCAAUUACAAGAUCAAGUUGGAGAUGCUGGAACGGGAGAAGGAUGCUGUUCUGGACCGCAUGGCAGAGUCGCAGGAAGCAGAACUGGAACGGCUCAGGACCCAGAUGCUGUUCAGCCACGAGGAAGAACUCACUCAUCUCAGAGAAGAACUCCAAAGGGAGAGUUUCCUGAACACAGAGAACCUUCUCAAUGAAGCUGCUAUCAGACACGAAAAGGCUCUGGACGAGCUGCGUGUUAAUUAUGCGGAGGAGCUGCAUUUGUUACAAAAGGAGAAGACGAGUUUUGCCAUGGAACGAGAUGAACUUUUGCACCAAAUUCUUGGGCUCAAGGAAGAUCUGAAAAUGGCUUUGCAUAGCUCUAAAGCAGAUGCACUUGUGCAGCAGCUGCAAGAACUUCAAGUGGAACUGGAGGAACUUAGAAAGGGGGCACAGGAAAGAGCUAAAAUACAGAAUGAGUUUCAAAAGUUACAAAAAAUGACAGAGAUGCAUGAAAACCAGACACAAGAAAGAGAACACUAUUGGGAGGAUAGAAUGAAGGAGCAUCAACUUGAAAAGGAGAGUCUUACAGUAGAGAAUAAUAAAAUACAGCAACAGGUAGUGGAGCUUCGUGAUGAAGUAGAAAGACAGAGGACUACUUUCUCAUUUGCAGAAAAGAAUUUUGACGUAAACUAUCAAGAGCUAAAAGAAGAGUACACUUGUCUCAUUGAGGCGAAGACCCAGCUGGAGGAGAGGACACUGAGGGAUACACUUGAGUUUGAGGCGAAAAUUGCCAGCCUUCAGUCCCAGAUUCGUGAGCUAGAGGAGACCGGCAGAGAUAUCAAGAUGGAGGAGGCAAAAAUGGUUAUGGGCGAAGCUGUGACAGAAAAAGACUCUACAGAGUUAAUGGAGAAGCUUAAUGUUACUUUGAGGGAGAAAAGGAGCCUGACUGAACAACUUUCCGAAGUUACUGAACGGUUGAUGUUUACAGAAAGCAGAGUAGGAGAGUUGGAGAAAGAGCUGACGAAAGCUCAACAAGAAAACGAGAAGGUGAUCGCACAAACCGAACACACUGGUAAAGAAUUUGAAACGAACCAGGAGAUUACGAGAGAGCAGAUGACGGGGAAGGAUGCCCGGAGAAAAGCUAAGCCUCAGGAAAAAGAGCAAGCUGUUGAGUCAGUUUGUCCUUCGGAGGAUCAUCACCUUGAGAUUGAAUCUCUACGAGAGGAGACAAAGACUCUUCAGUCCCUCUUGGAUGCCGCUGUAAGAGAAAGAGACAGCAUCCGGCAGACUCUGGAGCUCCACAGGCUUUCACACACUCCGUCUCCAGCGGCGGUGCACUCCUCGGGGGAGGGACCUGUUGAGGGGCGAUCCUCCCCGCAGAAGUCCACAGCCUCCGGGUCCAGCAGGCGCAAGAGACGGCAGAGGCUGAAGCAGGAGCGCAAAGCGGGCACCGCUCUUUCAGACAGCCGGGAGGAAAGACAAAGGGAGGAGGACGAGCAGGCUGUGGUGGAGGAAGAGAGAGCCAGAAGUGCUGCAGAGGAGGAGAUGCAGCCUCAGAUGCAGAGCCAGGUUAUGUCAUGUUCACCAGAGAGGGUGGACGAGGAGGACUUCACUGACGGGUACCAGGGAGACGGAGGCAGAGACUACAUCAACAAAACGGGGAGCAGACAUGGGCCGGGCAGCCACCCAGAGCUUGCUCCGUAUCAGAGAGCAGAGGUGGAUGCAGGGAGCACUGAGCAUGGCGAGUGCAGGCUGCGGAUGGAGGCUCAGCGCCUCAGCAUGUCUCAGAUUCAUGCUGCCCAGCUUGAGCUGCUGCAGGAAGAAACAGAUGCCUGCACACCCUCUCUGGACCAAAGUGACCAAGGUGGACGAAAAACCUUCAAAUACCAGAACAUCAUACAGGCUGUUUCAGAAGAAUGCAAUGAGAUCAUUCAGUCUUUCCACGAAGUUUUUGGUGAAGGAUUUUUGGAAAGUGUCAGCACAGAACGCCCGUCCCUCAUUUCUGUGGAAACACCAGUAACAAGUGAAUCCACCUCCAUUGUCUUUGAGGCCAGAGAGCUACACAGAAAUCUUCUGCAGCUGAGAGAGAGAAUUGAGCAGGAGCAUCGUCAACUUUCUCAGCUCCAGACUCUGCUAAGAACUGAUGGGAACAAGAUAACAGAACUGCAGACGGCCUAUGACGACCUGAAGAGCAGGAGUGAGAAGGAGAUCUCUGACCUGCACGUGCAGGUUGUUACAUUAAGCUCUUCCUCAAGCGGAGAUCUGGAGGAGAGGGGGGCUGCUGCUCCGUCCUUCUCCAUGGAAGUUCAGCGUCUGAAGGCCGAGGCCCAGGAGAAGCAGCUUGGGCUGGAGGAGAGUCACCGGCAGGAGAUGGAGCGUCUCCGAGCGUACUACCAGCAGCAGGCCACCGACACGGAGGAGCGCUACGCCACCGAGCUGUUCGUGCUGCAGCAGCGGCUGCAGGAUACCAGCGGCGCUGAAACCUUCUACAGUGCUUCAGAGUCCAGCACUAUGAGCGUGGAGGAGGAACUGAAGGACUUGAGUGAGGAGGAGCUUUCAGAGGGGGGCGCGGGGUCGCGCUGGUCCGUCAGGUCUUCUGGUUUGACAGCACAGCUGAAAGCACUGAGGAAGGCUCUCUACCACAAGUAUCUCCAGGAAGUGGGAGCUCUCAAAGAACAGCACAGCAGUGAGUUGAGGAGACUGAAGGAAGAAAGGGAAGAGGAGAGUAAAAGACAAACGUUUCGGGAGCACGGAGAGCGGGAUCCCCUCAGUGCCCUUACCACUGGAAGUUCGUCGGAGAGCUUUGGCCUGGUUGAGGAGAGACGACAACGGGAGAGAGUGGAAGAGGCAGUUGCUAAGGCCAUAGUUCAGAUGUCCGUGGAGUUUGCACAGCAGACUGAGUUGGCUCGAAUCAAGAAACGUGCUGUCCGGAUAAGUGCGCCCAUGCAGACCCUGUCGGAUGAGGAAGAGAUGGAGGAGCAGACUCCCAGGGCCUCCCCCACCACAGGUGCCUGGAUGGAGGUUUGGGAAAGAGUACGACUGGAAAGGGAACUGGAGGAGAGGACUACUGAGAUCAGAAACUUAAAGGAGGAGCUGCAGGAAACUAAAACAAGACCUGAGCAGGCGUUAAUGAAGAAAAAUGACAGCGAAGGACAAAUUGAAGAAACAGGAGACACAGAUGUCACGAAACAAGCAGGAGGACUAAACAUUCAUCCAGAGAAUGAUGAGUCUUCUGAUAGAGAUACUGAAAGGAACCUGCUGCAUAAAAUCAACCAGAACCUGAGCGAGGUGCUGGUCGACAUCCUCAAGACGACUGCAGCCGCAGAGGAAACUUUGGGUCUCCACCUGCAAAGUCUAUGUGGUAUUUCUGGUGGCGCGCAGAAGCCCGAGUCCACCUCACAGAGAGAAACCUGGCAGACAGGGAACGCUGAGCCCCUUUUUACAGAAAGCUGCCAGGGCAGUGAAGGCGAUGCGAGCGUGUGGUCUGGGACGUCGGGCGCUGACCCGGGUCCUGAGCUGUACCAGCAGAUGAUGGACACGCUGCUGCUCGGGGCGACGCCUCAGCUCCAGAAUCAGCAAUAUCUGAUGAGCAUCAGCGUCCGACUCCAGAAAGCAUUGGAGAAGAUGUUGAUGGCUCUCACAGACACCACUAAUCAGCUUGAACAUGCCCGGAUGACCCAGACCGAGCUGAUGCGGGAGUCCUUCCGCCACAACCAGGAGAUCAGCGAGCUGCUCCGGAAGCAGGAGGAGCUGCAGGAGAGGCUUGCAGAGGAGGCCCGGACCCGGGAGCAGCUGGCUCUGGAGCUCCAGCGAGCAGAGGGUGUCAUAGAUGGCUACACGGGUGAACGAGCUGCACUGGAGGAGCAGUUGCAGCAGAAGGAAGAGGUCCAGCUGAGCCUGGAGCAGGAGCUGCAGGUUACAAGCAGCCGGCUGCACGAGUUGGAGCAGGACCAACUUCAGAUACAGGAAGACCGUGAGCUGCUGUCACGGCAACAGGAGGCCAUGAAGGAGGAGGCGGGACCACGUGAGCUCUGCCUAGUUGAAGCUGCAAUGGUUGCAGCACCUGAAGCAGACCUGCUGGAUGAGACAGAGAAGCUGAUGAAGGAGAAGGUAGACGUGCAGCGGCAGGCGGAAAAGGAGAACUCUGACCUCCUGAAGCAGGUGAAGCUGCUGGAGGCCGAGCUGGAGGAGCAGGUCAACAGGGUGAUUGAGCUGGAGCACGCCCGGAUGACGGAGAACGGAGACCUCCAACAGCAGAUUCAAGCCCAGGAGAAGCAGCUGGAGAAGAACAGGAAGUUUCUCGACGAGCAAGCUGUGGACCGAGAACACGAGAGGGACUUCUUCCAGCAGGAGAUUCAGAAACUGGAGCAGGAGCUGAAGAGUCCGCAGAAGCAUCAGAUCAACUCCGAGCAAAGGAAUCGAGAGGUGGAGCAGCUCAGCUCCCAGCUGAGGGAGAAGGCGGAUUGGUGCAGUGAGCUGCUGCUCAGCUCCGAGCAGCUGCGUCGUGAGUUGGGAGAGCGAGACGAAGAGAUUGACAAGCUGGAGAGCCGCAUCCGCGAGCUGGAGCAGGCCCUGCUGUCCAGCACCGAGUCCCUGGAGAAGGUUGAUAAAAGAAAGCAGCAUGCGUCCAUCACUGAGGCAGGACACUCCACACUGGAGACUCAGUUACAGACGGAAAGAGAAGCUCUGGAGCGGAAGGAGAAAGAGAUCUGUAACCUGGAGGAGCAGCUGGAGCAGUUCAGAGAGGAGCUGGAGAACAAGAGCGAGGAGGUGCAGCAGCUUCACAUGCAGCUGGAGAUCCAGCGGAAGGAGAUGAGCAGCCAGCAGCAAUACCUAGAAACCAGGGACAGCAUGCUCCAGGUGAUGGAGGAGAAGGACAGAGAAAUAGCUGUUCUUAAUGAACAGAUCUCUAAGCUUCAACACACGGAAACAGCCUUUGAUAACAAGGACAUUGACGAGAGAGAUGAGCUGAUUAAAGACCUGGAGUCUCAAGUGGAGUGCCUGCAGAGCGAACAAGAGCGAUUAAAGAGAAAUAAGGAAGAAGAACUUGACCAGCUGAAUGCAGUCAUUGAGAAACUCCAACAGGAACUUGCCAAUAUUGAGCAAAAACAGGUUGCAGAGGAAGAUGAAGAUGCUAAAGAUGAGCCAGAAAGCAGCACAGUGGGGCCCAGUAAAGAAGAGUACAAUGAAAUGAAGCGGAGGAUGGACCAAGCCCAUAACGAGAUCCACACGCUGAAAACAGAGCACAGCAAGCUGCUGGGGACGUACCUGCGCUUGAAAGAGGGCACGGAAGCCUUAGCGGAGAGUGAAAGACUAGACACCUCAGAUCUGGAAGAAGCUCUUAGAGAGAAAACUGCAGGUGUCGUGGUCUUGCAGGCGCAAGUACAAGCUCUGGAGCAGAGCGCGGCGUCCAGAAUGGAGGAGCUGGGGAGCAGAAUCCAAGAGCUUGAAACCUUGGUGAAUGAAAAGAACUCUGAAAUUAAUCACUGUAAGCUCCUCGUAGAGCAAAGUCAAAGUCAUGCAGAUGAUCUCCAGCGCAAGGUCUCUCGUCUGGAGGAGAAUCUGAGGGAGAAAUUGGCCGAGGGGCUAGUAAUGCAAGCCACUCAGGAGGCCUUCCAGCAGCAACAGAAGCAGGCUAAGACACCGAAACCAGAGCAGGAGGCACCGAGACAAGCUGAGCCACAUGUUCACGGGUUUAGUGAUGUCCUAAUACCCCAAAUGGAUUUCAGUGGGAUGGGUGAAGUAAAACAAGCGCCCACAGGGAAGGUGCUUCAUCUCACGCAGAAGCUCCGGGAUCUGGAGGCGGGACUCAGCGGGAUGCAGAAAGACCAGGAGCUGCAGAAGCAGCUGCUCUGCAGCUCCGAGGAGGAGGUGCUGGAGUACGAGAGGAGGCUGGCUGGGCUCAUGGAUCUGCUCAGUCAGAUGAAGACCGGGACGUCCCAGAGGACACCGGGGUCUGUGGAGGUCUCCACCGAUGAGAAGCCAGCGGUGUCAGAGCUUCUGCAGGAGCUGCAGGAGGUCAGAGACGAGGCCUCGGCCACCAAAGAGCAGCUCAGGAACCACAAGCAGGUCUGCAGCAAGCUGGAGCUGGAGCUCCAGGAAAAAACUGCAACGCUAGAAAGACUUCAGGUUGAACUUCAGAAGAAGUCCCUGAGUGGUGUAGAAGACCCAAAGGUACCAGGGCUUGAAGAGGAACUGGUGAAGGCUCAAAAUGAAGCGUCUGCUACCAAAGAAGAGUUAAACAGCUGCAGGGAGAGUUUGGAGAAACUGCAGGAGCUGCUGCAGGAGCGAGAAAUGACCAUCGCUCAGCUUAAAGGAGAACUUUUCCAGGUAAAAGCUUCGGAGGACGGAUCUGGCAAGACUGAGCUCAUCCAGGAGCUCGACCAGAUCAAAAGCCGUGCGACUUCCACCAAAGAAGAACUAAGGAGCUACCAGGAACUCAAUGAAAAACUUCAGGAGGAUCUCAAAGUCAGUGACGUCUCUGUUUCUAAACUCAAAGAGGAGCUCCAGGAGAUGAAGAGUAAUGUGGAUACCACCAAAGAAGAACUUGGCAGAUACAGGCAGCACAAUGAAAAACUCCUCGAGGAGCUUCACGUCCGUGAAGUUUCCAUUUCAAAGCUGAAAGAGCAACUCCAAGAGGUGCAAGCAGCCCUGAUGAAGACAGCAGAACUUGUUCCGUCGUCACCCUCUCCAUCUCCCUCCCUAACUCCAUCUCCUCAACCUCCUUCUUCUGCCUCUUCCACGGCACAGCCCAAGAGGAAAGGAGGCAAACAGCCGGCCGCCAAGGGAAGCAGUGCUAAAGACAAGCCAUCCCUGUCCAGGAAGAGCUCCGCUCCUCACAGUCAGGCCUCCGGAAAAUCUCCAAGCCCUCGGCCGAGCAGCAGCAGCUCAGCGCAGCGUCACGUAGCCGUGACGGACUCGUUCGCACAGACCGAACCGCUCCAAAUGUCCGAUCUCGGACCGGAGAGCAGCUCUGCCACCAAAGAGGAGAUAGAGGACGUGAUCGGAGAGUUCCAGGAAAAGAUCGUGCAGAUGCAAGAACUCCACGCUGCAGAAAUUCUGGACAUGGAGGCCCGGCACAUUUCUGAGAGCGAGAGCCUUCGCAGGGAAACGCAAGCGCUGGAGAACGAGUGCAAAGCCCUGAAAGCCGUGAUCAACAAACUACGCUCAGCUGAGACUCCCACUGCAAGACCAGACCGUGCUACAUCACAGUUUAAAGACGGCUACACCAGUGACAGCAGCUCAGACUACAGCCAGAGGACUGGAUACGACCUCCCCAGCUUGCAGCAGGAGUUCAGGACCACUCCAGAGGGCGCCAGGAGAGAAGCCGACGAUCCGCUGCCUGACCGGAUCAAGUCAUUGCUCCGUGAGGUGCACCAGGAAGGCAUGCAGGUUCUCUCUCUGUCAGAGCUGCCGCUCCCUGAAGGCGAGCCAGGCAGCCAGGUCGACGUCGAAGGCUCCGUGAGGGAGAGAGACGCCCUGCUGGCAACCGUGGAGUCCCUUAAAAGCCUCAUCACCCAGAUGCAGACACACAGGGAAACACAGACAUCAGGCCAUGCAGACUGGAGGAGGGAUCUUCUGGACGCGGUGCGGCAGGUGUUUGUGAGGGAGAGGAGCGUGCUGAAGAGCGCCCUCUACAGCCAGCUGGACCUGCUGGACACGGGCGACGCCAUCAUCCACCUCAAUCAGCUGGAGCGCAGGCUGGCUGAGCAGGACGCCCAUCACAGAGAGGCCAUGGGUUCACUCAAGACUGCAGAAAGGUCAAGUCUCCUCUCUGAGAUCCAGCAGCUCCGUGCUCAGCUCCAGCAAAUCCAUCAAGAUACCCAGUCUGACCUCCCGUCAGCAGGUGAAUGUAGGAGGAAGGAGCAGAGAGAGGGAGGAGCCGCUGGCGGAGCAGCAGAGACCAACAGGCUGCUGGUGGACGAGCUGAAGGCUGAACUGUCCCAGACUAAACUGGAGCUGGAGACGACACUCAGAGCCCAACAUAAACACCUCAAAGAACUCGACACGCUCAGGGUUGAAGUAUCACAGAAAGCUGCAGAGGGGGAAGUACUGAAUGACCAGCUGAUGGAGGAAAGGAAAAGGACCAGAGACCUUCAAUGGGCGAUAGAGAAGGAGAAAUGUCGAACUGGGAGAAAUGAGUCGAGCAAACAAGAGGAACUGGAGGACCUGCAGCUGUCUCUGGAAGAACAAAAGACGUGCGUGGCCCAGCUGAGCCUGGCCCUGGAGCAGGAGCAGCAGACGACCUCCCAACUCUCCCUGCAGGCCGAGCAGGAGCGGCUCAGCCUCUACAGACAGCUGCAGGAGCUGCAGGUCCAGCUGGAGACCGAGCAGGCCAGGGCUCAGGAGAUGGUCUCUGCCCUGGGGAGGGAGAGGGAGAGGAGGACUGGACUGUCCUCCGACACCGGCCCCUCAAACGGGAAGCAAGCCAGUGAGAAUGAGGAGGAAGGAAGUCUGAUGGAGAGACUCCAGAGAGAGCUGGACGACAAGCACAUCCAGGUGGUCCAUCUCCUCAGUCAGGUUGAAGUUCAGAGGCUGGAAGUCGUACGAAAAGAAGAGGAGCUGACUCUGCUGAAUCAGAGGUCCAGCCGGGACCAGCAGGUGCUGCUGGAGGCUCGGGCCAAGGCCGAGAGGCUGGAGGGACAGAUGUCAGAAGUCCAAGAACAGCUGGAUAGAGCACUGGAGAGUAAAGUUCUUUUGGAGGAGGAGAGGGAGAACCUGACAGAGAGGUUGAACCACUUUGGAGAAGCCCGGGGAACUGGAGCUCUGCAGACUGACAGUCAGAGUCAGGCCACUGGCCGGACCCCCCCCAGCACGGCUCCUCACUCGGACGGUUCUCCAGGCCCCGGUACGGGGCCACACCAAGGGCCGUGGCGCACGGUGGACAGGAUCGUCGGGAAACUCCAGCUCGUUUCUUCAAAGAUCGGCAGCAUCACGAGCAAGACUACCGGCAGGCCGUCCACAGAGGUGGACAGGGAAGAGUUGUCAUGGAUACAGUCCAGCGUCAAUGAGGUCAUCAACAUGCUGCAACAAUCCCCAGGUCUCCCCUCCAUCCCUGAGAGCGCGUCCCUGCUGGCGGGAGGCUCCUCCGGCUCCUCCAACGGCCUGACGGAGCGGCUGCUCAGGCAGAACGCUGAGCUGACGGGUUUCGUCAGCCGUUUGACCGAAGAGAAGAACGAUCUGAGGAACCAUACGCUGCGCCUGGAGGAAGAGCUCCGACACUACCGGCAGAGCGGACUGGGAUCAGGAGACGGCUCCAGCAGGAGAGGAGUGUCAAAGACGGACUCGACAGGAAUGCUGCUCUCUCAGGAACGCGAGGCUUGGAGCCGGGAGAAGAUCCGUCUGGAGAAAGCUUUACACGUCGCUCAGGCCCAAGUGACCCGACUCAGGGGGGAGAUCCGAUCAGACACUCUGAGAGAGAUAACCGGGCCGGAGGCCGACAACGCUACACUGAAGAGGAUGUACGGGAAGUACCUGAGGUCAGAAAGCUUUCGUAAAGCGCUCAUCUACCAGAAGAAGUACCUCCUCCUGCUGCUGGGCGGCUUCCAGGAGUGUGAGGAGGCCACGUUAAUGCUCCUGUCCCGGAUGGGGAGCAGACCUUCGGUCCCCAGCCUGGAACCCCUCGGCCAGCGCCACCGCGGGCUGACGCGCUUCCGCUCUGCUGUCCGAGUCUCUAUCGCCCUGUCCAGAAUGCGUUUCCUUGUGAGGCGAUGGCACAAGGCCGCAGGGAUGAGCUCCACGACGGCCAGUAACAUCAACAAGAAUGGAGCAGGUCUGGAGGUUCGGGACUCGCUGUAUCUUCACCCUGGAAAUGUUGAGAUCCAGAGGGAGAGAGGAGGGGGUGAAGGCGUCUCCAGCAGCAGAGAAAGAAGUGGACACGAGUCCCCGCGAUCGGGCGUCUCGUCCUCCCAUCACAGGUAUCACUUGGUUGCAGAGCACGGGCCUCUCACGUGUUCCCACCUGCAGAGCUACGACCCCGACCGAGCCCUGACCGACUACAUCUCCAGACUGGAGGCCCUGCAGCGGCGGCUGGGCAGCGUGGCCUCAGGUUCUUCUUCGUAUGCUCAAUCGCACUUUGGCUUGAGAAGAUAGAUGCUGACAUGUUCCCAUGGCUUGAAGAAACUCGGUUGCCUUUUCUCCUGCUGAGUGCUCUGCUGUUUUCUAUCAUCCUGCUGUGGACUCGAUAUCUCCAUCUGGACCAAAACAAGUUUUUUUUAUUAGUGUACGAAACGUUGUAUUCAGGCUUUCUUGUUGCCAGCACUUGAAAAACAGCUACGUUUGUUAUUUAAAUGGCCUCUUUGAUGUGGGUGAUCUUCAAUCGUGUAUAUUUGUCUAAUGCUUAUUUAAAGACUUUGUGAUUAAUUUAUAUGUUUGUGUUGUAUGGGUGGAGCGUUAUGUAGAGAAUGUUUGGGUUUAUUAUCGAGGAGGCUGCUACUGGAUAUUCUUCACUACACUGUGUUUUGUUUAGGCCGGAAAGACUACAGAAUAAAUUUGUAGAGAACGUAUUUUUGUAAAGCGUAGGAGCUUUGAAUUUCCGGGGUAUUUUGUCAAAAACUGAAAUAAAGAGGACUACAUUAUUUCAAA